GUGUGGUGGCAUGGUGGGUGAGCGAGCUGUCAAGUGAAAACUUUAUUCACCCUGAAUUUUACAUUUUUAAAUUAUUAAAUACCUUGAAUGUAUAAUUUACACAACGUUCAACUUAAAGAACAACUUGCACGAUGACGUAAACAAGUUACAUUAAAUUAAUAUAAAUGAUAAAAGUGCAGUACCUGUCAAACGUCAAAAAUGUAUUUUUCUUCUAAUAAAGCAAAAAUUAUAACAAUAUUGGUUUGGUUUAGUUAACUAAUAAGCUGAUAUUAGAAGUGUAUUUAAAUUUCUUGAGGCGAUGCAAAAAAUCUCCAGGCAAGGACCUAGUAGGUACGGUUUGGGACCCUCAAAUGGGCAAUUGCCUGACUUGUUUCAAGGAGCCCACACAGACGGCCCUGGACAGCGCUUCGCAAAACUGUCAUAAGGAAGAAAUGACUGAAGCUAGUCUUUACCCAGCUCCGAGUCAUGUUCCAGCGUCGUCAGCUCCCCCAGAGAUUAUUCUGAGCAACGGCAACCACUUGUCCGCACCUCCGGAAACUACCGCAGCUAUCAGUCGGUUUUAUCCGCAAAGUCGAAGGCCCCAUCCCAAAUCGGCUCCAGCAAUGGGUGUCACCGACAGCAAGCCGUCAGAAGCUAAACUCACCGCUCUUUUCGAGAUGUACAAGGACGAAAGUGAGGAUAGCAUGCUAGCCGAAGGAAUCGAGAAGUUCUGUCAGGAUCUGCAAGUGUCCCCCGACGACUUUAAAAUCUUAGUUCUCGCUUGGAAACUGAACGCUGAACAAAUGUGCCGUUUCACACGACCGGAGUUUCUAAACGGUUUGAAAGGUAUGCGUGCCGAUUCGAUCAAAUCGAUCCAAUCCCGUCUGCCUGAGUUAGUGUGUGAGGUGGAACAGAACGAUGAACUUUUCAAGGAUCUGUAUCGCUUUACGUUCCGUUUCGGGCUGGAUUCGGCCUCGGGGCAGAGGAUAUUACCCACGGACAUGGCGACUGUUCUGUGGAGGUUAGUUUUUACCAUCCGCGAGCCGCCGAUCCUCACCCGUUGGCUGAAUUUUCUCGAUACGCAUCAAAUGAUCCGCGGGAUACCUAAGGACACUUGGAACAUGUUCCUGAACUUCUCCGAGCACGUAGGCGACGAUUUGAGCUGCUACGACGAUAACGAGGCUUGGCCGAGUCUCUUCGACGACUUUGUAGAAUACGAAAACGAUCAGGCUAAUCAAAAUAUUUCAAAAGAUAAAGAGAAAGAGUGCGACGGGCUUCUGAUUACGAAAGAUUGAUGAUGGUUUUUUCUUCUUGGUGUAUCUUAACAUCGUAAACAAACAAACAAAAAAAAAAUAAAACUGCCUAAGUAUUUUGUAAGUAAAAAUGCAAAUGAAUUGUCGUGAUAUUAUCGUAGCUGUUUCGUGAGGUACAAAUUAACGAGAGGGGUAGUAGAGUAGGUAGGAGAGUUCAUUUUUUCGCUUCGGUUCUGUACAUAAGAUGUUAAAAAAAAAUCAAUAUUUUUAAAAGUUCUGAAAAAAAAAUAAUUUUUUAUCGUAAGGCUUUUAUCAGUUGACAUUUUCUUGUAACUUUAUUUAUUUAGGAGGUAUGUAUUGGAUAACUUAUUUUCGGUUCAAAGGCUUUGUGAAAUCUUUUUCUUUAACGCGAGGGUUCAAUAUUCUUACAUUACAUUUUAAAUAGUUAAAAUGUUAAUGCUGAGUUGCGUGUUGCCGUUUGAGUUGAAAUAAAUCGUAGUCGAAACUUUAGGCAAAAAGUGCCUAUAUUUUUUAAGCCACUCAAGUCUACAUUUUUCAUCGGCAGUAUUUAAUAAUAGUGCGUUUCCAGUAUUCAGGAAUUUACAGGUCAUCAAACGUGGGCUUUAGACAGAUUUUAGUAGGUAACAAAAUAUAUCCCGGCUUCGGCAUCUUUAGAUGCUAUCCGCUCCCGACGCUUGACGAUCUGUAAAAUUCAUUUCGUUCCCUUGCGACAUUUUUUGCGAAACAAUUUUCGAUGUAUUAGCACCAAAUGCAAGUUUUCCAAAAACACUUCUGCAAAACCAUUUUUUAAACUGCGAGUUUCGGGAGCUGUUUACACUAAGGCCAAAUUGUGCGUUACACACACUUAUGAUCCCACAGAAAUAGAAGUUCGUUCUCGCAGUAAAUGUCGCAAGUCUCUUGCAUAUGAACUCGCUACUUCAAAAAUUGCAAAUCAUUGAGAAACUUUUCAAAAGCUACAAGUUUUCGGUUGUUCAAUUCAGAAACAAUUUUUUAUCCAAAUUCUCUUUUUAUACAGUGUAUCCCAAAAAUAAGAAACCACAAGAAAAUUUCCAGAAAAGCAUUAAAUCGGUUUUGGAUUUACCAAUUUUGAUUGUAAAAAGUUUUCAAGAACAGAAUACUAUUCUACAAAUAAUGUUAAUUUAACUUUACAAGCAAUUUCAGUACUAACUCCUUGUAUAAAUAAAUUUGUAUUUGAUUUUAAAAAUUUCUGUUCGAUUCGAACAUUAUCAACCUCGUGACAGUAGAUGAUUGAUAAGUUAUCACAGAAAACGUAUUCUCUCUGUUAGUAAAUAAAGGGAGAUGGACAGUGUUAUGGGAUUUUAGUUGGACUCCCUAUUGAUAGAUGGCGCAAUUGAACCACUGUCUAAAGUCCUUAGAUAUUGGCAAAAUACUGCAAACAAUUGCCACUGGGGCAAAAUAGCUAUUGCCAACCUUGAAAUAAAAGUGAAUUGUCAAUACAUUUUUAAGCAAUUAAUUUCCACAUAUUUUCAUUUUAUAUGUUUGAAUAAAUUGGUCGGGUUUAGGAUAAAAAUUAAACCCCAAUUGAUCGAUUAAUUUAAAAUCAGUUGUAUUCUCUCCAAUUUUUUGGCUUUUUAUUUAUUGAAUAAAAAAUUGGUAAAUGUAAAGUAGUACAGUCAUUGAAGCCGAAAAUCAGCUGUAACCUC